AAAUUUGAGUUUAACAACUGCUCCACCAGCACACCAAAUGUAUUUUUGGCUGGUUUUUAUGCACAUAUCAUCAGUGGCAGAGCUGGCGACAAUGGCAUCAUAUAGGUGUGACCUUUGGGUAGGAUGUACCUGCAUGAUGGCAUGACCCUCAUCAUAAUGUCCUAUAUAUUUGAAUUCGGGACAUCUUCUCUGUAAUUAAUCUCAGCUCAAAUUAAUUAAGAUGAGGCUAAUCACUAUGACUCUUCCAGUUUUGGUGGUUAUGUUAGUUUUGACAGGUUUGGUGGAUCAAGGGGAGGGCACCAUGUGCGCAAGCACCUUCUUCUCGUCUAUUGUUCAGCUAAUACCUUGCAGAGCAGCAGUUGUUCCUUUUAGCCCCAUCCCACCAAGUGAGACUUGCUGCAAUGCCCUCAAAGCUCUUGGCCAGCCUUGCCUAUGUGUGCUUGUCAAUGGCCCUCCGAUUUCUGGCGUCGAUCGUACCAUGGCAGUGCAGCUCCCAGAGAAGUGCACUGUCAACUUUGAACCAUGUGAAAUCAUGAAUUAAAGAAGUUGAAGCAUAGAGCUGAGGAGUAUUCUGGAAUAAGUGUCUUGGAGUUAUAGGGAUCCUUUUGGUUGUUUAAUAUUUAAUGCUGCUGUUAAUAAGAGGCUGUAUUUUUAGAA